GAACAGCAGCCGCGGAGAACACAUCUCGCUCCUCGGCGUGAAUCCGGGGAUUUAACCGCCGAUCGGUCGGGUCGUUCUCCGUCUCUCCUCCACCAUUUUAGUCUCCGGUGAUGGAGAACAUCCGGACUCCCAAGGUGGAAAAUGUCCGUCUUCUGGACCGGUCCUUGGGUCAGAGGAAAGCCACGGUCGGGACCCUCUACCUGUCUGCCACACACACCAUCUUCGUAGAGAACAACCCUGAGACACGCAAGGAGACGUGGGUGCUGCACAGCAUGGUGAGCAGUGUGGAGAGGCCACCCACCACGCCUUCAGGAAGUCAGCUGAUCCUUCGCUGUAAGGACUUCCGAGUCUUCCAAGUCCUCGUCCCCCAGGAGAGAGACUGUCUGGACGUCCACGCCUCGCUGGUCCGUCUGUCUCGACCAGAGAAGUUCAGCGAGCUCUUCUGUCUGUCCUUUAACCCCAACGUGAACAAAGAGGAGCGAGAGGAGUCCUGGACCUUCAUGGACCUGAUGGAAGACUACAGGAGGAUGGGGGUCCCCAACAACCUGUGGGUCCUAACAGCAGCCAACAGCGAGUACCGGGUGUGUGACACAUAUCCCUCUGAGCUCUUUGUUCCAAAGACGGCCACGCCCGCCGUCAUCGUGGGCAGCUCCAGGUUCAGGAGCCGAGGACGGUUUCCUGUUCUAUCCUUCUUCCACCAGGACACACUGGCGGCCGUGUGUCGAUGCAGUCAGCCUCUGUCGGGCUUCAGCGCCCGCUGUCAGGAGGACGAGAUGAUGCUGCAGGCUGUGAUGAAGUCCAACCCUGGAAGUGAAUUCAUCUAUGUGGUCGACACCCGGCCCAAACUGAACGCCAUGGCAAACAGAGCAGCAGGGAAAGGUUACGAGAACGAGGACCACUACAGCAACAUCAAGCUGCAGUUCAUCGGCAUCGAGAACAUCCACGUGAUGAGGAGCAGCCAGCAGAGGGUCGUCGACGUUGGCGACAUGCGUUCUCCAUCCAUGACCGACUUCCUGUGGGGUUUGGAGAACUCUGGUUGGCUCAAACACAUCAAAGCCAUUCUGGACGCUGGAGUCUUCAUCGCCAAGGCGGUGGCUGAUGAAGGAGUCAGUGUUCUGGUCCACUGCUCAGAUGGAUGGGACCGGACAGCCCAGGCCUGCUCUGUGGCCAGCAUCCUGCUGGACCCGUUCUACAGAACCAUCCGAGGACUCAUGGUUCUGAUAGAGAGGGACUGGGUUUCAUUUGGACACAAGUUCUCCCACAGGUAUGCUCACCUGGACGGGGAUCCCAAAGAGGUGUCCCCCGUCUUGGACCAGUUCCUGGAGUGUGUGUGGCAGCUCUCGGAGCAGUUCCCGUGUGCCUUCGAGUUCAACGAGCGCUUCCUCGUUGCCGUGCGCACCCACGUGUACUCGUGUCAGUACGGCACCUUCCUGGGGAACUGUGAGAAGGAGCGCCGGGACAUGAGGCUUCGUCAGCGCUGUCACUCCGUGUGGCCUCAGCUGUGGAAGGAUCGGGCGGAGUACACCAACCCACUGUUCCAGGCAGAGCUGAGCCAGACCCGGGGUGUCCUGAGGCCCAACACCACCCCCUACUGCUUCAAGAUGUGGAAGGGCCUCUAUAACCAUGUGGAGAAGACCACGCCCCCUCGUCAGUCGCCUGCCGACUUCCUGUCCGCCGUCAGGGAGGAGUCCCAGCAGCUGGAGGAGGAGCUGACCAAUCACCAGGAGAAAAUUGCGGUUCUCACAGGGAAACCAAUCAAGAGGGAGAAGGUCCAGGUUCCAAGGAGGACAACUAGCCACUUGCCACAGAGACACAGUGGGCCGGACCCGCCCAGUUCCUUCACAGAACCGACCACCUGCCCAGUGCUUCAGAACUCUCACGUGGGUUCCUCAGACCCGGCCAGUCAGAAGACUCAGAGCCAGGACUCCGCCCCCUCCCGGUCAUUGGGGCUGCAGCUGGACCUGCAGGACCGGUCCGCCUGCAGUGACCUGGAGUCGGGCGUGGCCGACCUCAGCAGCCUCUCCUCCAGCGGCGCUGACGACAGCAAGGACCGGGGCCUGGAGUGAGGCUGUCUGCGCUGCUGCCUGAAGAGAAACAAGGACCCAGUCAUAUUUAUUUAUCCACCUGAGUGGCAGGCAGGUAAAUUCAUGUUCUGAUUCUUUUGUCACGGUCCAAAGGGAGAAAAAACGGGUCCGACUCUGGGUCGGUUCAGGACAAACUAAAUACCGUUUGUGUUUGAUUUAUGGAUUCUCUUUGUUUUUAGGGUUUUUAUGUAAAUAAAUGCACAGGUCCAGCUGUGAGGAGGACAGAGUGGACAAUGAGGAUAGGAGUGGACAGUGAGGACAAGAGUGGACAGUGAGGACAAGAGUGGACAGUGAGGACAGGAGUAGACAGGAGUGGACCGUGUGGACAAUUUGGACAGGAGUGGACAAGACUGGUCGGUGUGGACUGGAUUAGACAGUGUGGACAAUUUGGAAAGGAGUUGACAGUGUGGACAGGAGAGGACAGUGUGGACAGGAGAGGACAGUGUGGACAGGAGA